GCAGUACAAGUACAAGUACUUGCACUCACUGAUCCUCCACCUUCAUCAUGACUGCAAACGUCCUCGACGCCUCUGCUCUUCUGCAGACACUGCCAACCAUACUUCCCCCUGGGAAGAAGAAGCUAGAAUCUCAGCAAGAUGCGAUUACUGCGCUGGUCCACACUGUGCUGACGGUCUUGGGUUUCCGUCUUACUGGCAUAGACGAAUCUGCACCUACGCGCACAUUCGAGAACAACGUCUUGCCUGAGGAGUGGAAUCAACAUGGUCCUGGCCAUUACACUCUCAAGUACAGGCAUGAGCAGAGCAGCCUAGACUUUCUUGUGAAAGUAACGAAGCUCGGGAGUCGCACCUUGGUCAACUCAAUCGCUGUUGAGACCGAUAAGGCUGCUAGCCUUGACAUCCCUACGAACGACUUUACUUCCCCUUCUUUCUUCCCUCGCGAGCUUUCCGAGCCGAGUUCACCGCUCGUGCACGGUUUCAUCUCGUCCAACCGCGUAGAUGACUUGAUCUCCCAGCUCAAACUCACCACGGUGCAGAAACUGAUUCCCGGGCUGCGGAAGGAGGGAUAUACUGAGACCGCUACGGAGAUGAGAGCAGGUCCCAGUCAACCACAGCCAGACGCGCCUCCUGCGAGACCGAGGCCAGACGAGCCACCACUCCCUCCUGGGCGCAGCCCCGCCGGUUUCCCGUACCCACGCAAUCCUCUCGAGAUCGGGAGACGCGAUCUGGACCCAUUUCCCAGUAACCCCUUUGCUCCUCCCCCGCUUUUCGGAGGCAAUGGUGGUGACGGUAUGUUCGUUGGCCCCGAUCACCCAAUUUUCGGAGCUGGGAUACGUGGACCUGGCCCGGGUAGGAUGGGUCCGUGGGGUGGCGACGGCUACCUCCCUCCUCUGGGCGCACCCCCAGGUGCCCGUUUCGACCCCAUCGGUCCUGCGUUUGGUCCUGGUGUACCUUUCCCCGGCCGCAUGCCUCCCGGAGGCCGCGGCGGUCCGUUUGGUGGCCAGGACCCCGACAAUGAUGAGCUUCCACCCCCUGGUUCGCGAGACAUGUUUAUGUAGGAUUCUUGGAGGAUUCCCAUGAAACGUGCAUAAUUCGCGGGAUGUAUGUAUCGUGCUCUGUACUACCUGCCAUAUGUAGUUGAUCGCUUCUAGCGCUGUGUGUAUCAUAUCGAGUCAGUUGUGCUUGUAUUGUGUGUCUAUGCAGAGUAGUUC